AUGAAGAUGGACCUCAGAUGUUUUGACCGCAAAGGAGGCGGAGUAGACGUAAUAAUAAAAUUUCUCCGUAACCUAGCCAAGGCAUCUCGAAUAAGGAUACAGGCAUCGAGCGAAUGGGCAGAAACUGUCGAGCGCAGCGCCACAAAUCGUCAGUCCUGGCUUGUCAGUCAAGCUUUCUGUCCUGAUCCUUGCGACGGAAUGAUAGGCUAUGUCUUGGCAGUUCACCCUAAGAUCGCUACAUCGGACCAUCGCUGUAUGUUAGUCAAAACAUCGUUCCUCUGGGCCAUUAUCUUGCCCACGAGAAGCCUGCCUGUGUCCUUGUCACUAGAGACCUUCCAACGUGGAUUUCCAAGGCCUGUAGAGCUUAUAUUUAGCAGAACAGUGGGCUACUUGAACAACUUCAAGCCUGAUGAAUGGCUCGGUUCCACAUGUCUCGACAUCCCUCUUCUCAAGUCGCAUUUUUUCGCUGAACGGAUCGCAGACUACCAUCUGGCCUCAUCGAUCGACCGCAUACUCACCCAGCGGUGCAACCGAGCAGGCAGUGGAUGAACAAAAGUUAAUCUUAACGCCUUCGAAUAUCAAGUAAGGCCGAAAGCCGGAAGUGAGAAAUAUAGCAAGAUAAUAUCAUGCCUCCGCUCAUUUAUUGCAAUGCCUGAAGUCCUGUUCCGCCCUGUGCAUUGUACAAACUUGAGAGCGCUUUGCUACGCUACACCAGGUCUGGUAGCUCCUACUUGCUAAUGCUCAACAGAUAAUUAGCACCUUUAAUCGCAAUCCACCUCUCAACCCACUCAUGGACGAAUUUGAGGAAUCUCGACUCCAGUGGUAGAUGAGUGAGCCUCUUGUCGUGGUGCGACCAUUGGAUGGUUUCUAUCUGGAGCACUGCGCCUUGAUUUCGGGGACGGAGCUGAAUGAUUAGGCGACCUUCAAUACCUGGGUUGAAGUUUGGCGGAGGAUUGACGGUGAACUCAACGCGGACUGCCGUUCGGUUCACCACUUGAUAGAGUCCGUUGACCAGAUCCCCUUCCACGAAGUCGAGGCUUUCAAUAUGCUCUUUUGUGAAGGUGUGCCGGAGGUCCUUCAGGGCAAACCACCCAAUCCAGCCUUGUGGCGUUCUGGUGAAGAGCUCCAUGUUGUAGCGUAUCAUUUUGGUGAAGUCUGCCCUGGAGUCCUCACUGAGCCCGAGUGUGAGCUCUGGGAGCGGCUUCGUCACCUUAUCGUGCACAAUACGAUAAUGCUUUGGGGUUUCCACAAGGUCUUUUGGCAGCGAGGAGAGCUCACUGCACUCCAACGAUGCAUAUCGUGAAGAGGCAUUGGGGUAUGUGUGAGUGACCUGUCGACCAAGGACAGCAUAAUGCACCAGUGGGUAGAGAACGACGCCGGCUACUGAAAGCGAGCCGCCAGCCAGGACCAAGCGUGUGUUCCGGUCUUCAGGGAGGUGAGCUAAGAUAAAUCGCCGAGCUGUGUCGACAUAGCGCUGAGCGUCGUUGCUCAGCUUCUCCAGCGACAUGAUUGCUGGUCUAACUUGAGGA